AUGGAGCACAUCGACAGGUCACGAGAGGUGCUUGCCACAUAUACCAGCGAUCUCAACCGCUCAACGGUAUGGGCUGCCAUAGCUGGCCUGUUCAUCUUGGUGCUUGCCACCAACUACUUUCAGACGAGCACCGGGGUACCCCCGGCCCGAGAUGGCCGGCCAGCGAGGCCACGCGAGCAUCCGUACCUGAUCCCCUUUGUCGGCCACGCGCCGCAGUUUAUCGCUUGCCGGGAAUGGUUUCUGAAUCGUCUCCGCGGCCUAUACCCAGAGGGAAUAUUCAGCAUACGCCUCUUCGGCCGCCUCCACAGCAUUGUUUUCAGCCCGGCCCUGAGGGACAGCAUUCUCGGCACGCCACGCAGCACAGCAAACAACGACUUCCUCACCCCUCUGCUAUUGCGGUCUACGUUUGGGGUAUCCAAGAGCGGCACGGACGCGUACUGCGCCAUCGAGGAUGAGAUUCGGGACAUUGCGGCCAGGAUACAGACGGAGAGCGGGUUCAAGCCCCGAGAGGACGCUAUGUUGGUCCACAUUCGUCGCAACAUAGCCGACCUCGUCACCUUCAACACGUCGCCUGCAGACCAAGCGGACUGGGAGAGGGCUGCCGGCUCCGAGGUUGUCGAGGAUAGCAAAGGUGAGUCGUUUGCGCAGGUCGACCUGUUGGAGCUCGUCCGCAACUUUGUCGCCGAGACGGCCAACCCCGGUCUCUUUGGCACCAACUUUGUGGAAAACUUCCCCGACGCCUGGCAGCACCUCUGGAAGCUUGACGCCGCCUUUAUCAAGAUGACGUUUGCCCCCUCGUGGCUGCCGAUCCCCAGCGUGGGCCUCGGUCGGGCCGCGGCGCGCCAGCUCCGACAGCACCUGUGCGAGUUCCACGAAGCCAUGGACAAGCACCUGGCUGGCGAGGAGCCUGGCAUCAAGUGGCAGGACCUGGACAACGUGAGCCCACUGGUCAAGGCGCGCGUCGAGGUCUUUCGUCGUGCCAACCUGCCUAUGGAGGCAAGGGCCGCCGCCGACAUGGCGCUGGCGUGGGCCAUGAACGCCAAUGCGAACACGCUUGUUGCGUGGAUGAUCUGGGAGAUUUCGCGCGAUGCCGUGCUGGUGGAGCAGAUUCGCGAGGAGAUUGCGCUGUAUGUGCGCGUCGCCCAGCCCAUCAACGAGUUUGGCGGCGCGGUGUGGUUGGCACCUGAGCUGGAACACGUCGACGUGCACGGGCUGCUGACCAACUGUCCGCUGCUCAAGGUCAUUGGUAAGCCUGGCGAGGAGCAGACAUAUGUGCUAAAGCAAGGCACCUACGUACACUGCCCGCAAGAACUGCACCACCUGGAUCCCGAGUAUUUUGCCGAUCCGAAAGAAUUCAUUCCGCAGCGACAUAUGCACGAGACAGAGGACAAACAGGGUAACUGUAUGCGGACAGUGAGGAUGGAUUCCAUGAAACCAUACACUGAAGCCUCGCUGUUGUCUGGGAGUAGCGACCUUCCGUUGCGCGAAAUGAUCAUCUAUCCGGCCGUCAUGCUCUCGCUAUAUGAGUUUGUGGCGCCGGAAGGCAAAGGCUGGACAUUGCCCACGACGGAGAAACGUGCCGCAACGCGGCAUCCACGUCAAGCCAUGACGGUAUGGGUCAGGCGAAAGAAGUUUUAG